AUGAAGUCUCGGGAUAGCAGAGCAAAUUAUGCUGAAGGUGGUGAAAAAACUGUGUUACUCAUGGCACAAGUCCAACAAAUGAAGCCUCGAGAUAGCAGAGUAAAUUAUGCUGAAGAGCAAAUUACGCUGAAGGUGGUGAAGAAGCCGUGUUACUCAUGGCAUAACUCCCAACAAAUGAAGCCUCGAAAUAGUAGAGCAAAUUAUGCUAAAGGUGGUGAAGAAGCAGUGUUACUCAUGGCACAACUCCCAAUAGAUGAAGCCUCAUGA